GUUGGACAAGCAGGCGCUGUGAGUAUCGCGUCAAAUGAUUCAAACUUAUCGGGCGCCCAAGAAGUUACAAUUUGAAUCUUCUUCUCCGAAAUCGCCGCGAAUUCCGAACAUUAAUGAACCCUUGAUGCCCCAGUCAGACGACUCUUCCUCUUAGUUCCUUCGGGUGAGUCGUUCAUAGUCUGGCUACGCAUGGUUAGACUACCGAGCUAUCAAUAUCUCCCUUUGUCCACUACUGAUUAAUCUUGAGCCCUCCUAUGUACAUCGGUAUGGUUCGAAAUACCAUAUGGCGCAAGGAUAGUACAGAACCCUGUCUGUCACUGUCAGUCCUGUGACACUAGGAAAGUAAAAUGGGCUUGUUUUCCGGCCUGUCCCGUCUUUUCUUUGAUCUCGGGAUUUUAUCUUGGGAUGUUCUCCUUACGCUCUCCAAUCUCGUGAGGAGGAACCGUCGCAUCAGACAUGUCACCCCCGCAGGCCACCCGGGCUAUGGAGGGUACUGGCCCGAGUAUAGGACUCCCAAGGAGACCGACUCCCGCUGCUCUUGCCCUGCACUCAAUGCGAUGGCCAACCAUGGCAUCAUCUCACGCAGUGGCCGCGACAUCUCGUUUGUCGAGGUUGGCCACCACAUCCGGGCAACCUACAACUUCAGUCCUACCUUCUGCUCAUUUGUGCCGCACUUUGCCGCUCGCAUGCUCAAGAAAAGCUACAGCAAGGAUACAUUUGAUUUGGAAGAACUCGACCUGCACAAUGGUAUUGAACACGACGCCUCUCUCUUACGCCUCGAUGCUGCUUUUCAACCGGACCAAUCGAUAAAAUACGUACCUUUCAUUGAGGAGUUACUUGCGGCAGCGACCGGCAAGGACGAGGACGGCAAUGAUAUCAUCACUACCAAAGAUCUCUCCAGGAUGCUCGGCAAGCGACGUGCAAUCGCGCGUGUAGUAAACAAGGAGUUCUCUCUCAACUUUAUCCACAAGAUCUUUGGGAGCACGAAUGCCGCGACCCUAGUCACUGUCUUUGGAGGUCGUGUGGACCACCUCCAUAGCUUCCUUCAUCAUGAGCGACUUCCAGAGGGCUGGGAGUCGCGCAUUCGCCAACCUCAUGGACUGACUCUGACGACAUUCAACAAUACCAUACUACGAGUUGAGCUUGGUGUGUGCGAGCAGGAUUGGGCAGAAGCCGCACGGGAGGCUGUAGAACGUCAUACUACUCCUACUUGAAACCCCUCCCCGAGGUAGUCAGAGUUGACUGACAUUUGAAUUGACGAUGAGCCAGCUGUUGCAUAUAGCACUGAAUACCUUGUGUCGCUUCGGACUAAGUACCUAAAGACGUCGAUGAUGGGGUCGGGGUAGUGAUCGACAGGUGAUCAAGAUGAUUUACGUGCACCCUAGUGCUGGAGACCCCGAAAACGUGAUCAUUGGAUGGCGCUCAUCACCAUCCCAGGUUACCCCUCACUCUGGAAAUUCAACCCGUGCAGCCCAAAUCUAGGACUUUCUCUCAUCGGCUUCAAGCCCUCAGCUCAAAGUAAAAGUCAUCUUAGACAAUGAUUUGGCCGUUGACCGCGCGUGAUAUGAUGAUAUUGUCC